UCUCUCACCUUUUCCCACCCUUUUCCUUUCACCUUUUCCCCUCGUUCCUCCCCAAGCUCUCGCGUGUGGAGGCACCAGAGGCGGCCAUGGACUGGUUCCACUGCUGGCGCUGCUUUCGCCAAGAGGGUGCCCGCUUCGCCAUCACCACCUGUGGCCACAUCCUGUGCGAGGACUGCGGGGCCACUGGUCCCUGCCCGGUCUGUGCCACCGCCUGCCACUACCUGCCUCUGUCGCAGCAGAUGCGCCCAGAGGUGAAGGUUUUCUUCAAGAACCCGGCGGACCUCGCCCUCAAGCACCUCAGCCACAUCACAAAGGUGUGCCAGUUCCAGCUGGCGCAGGCGCAGCUGAAGGCGGACGCGCACCGGGACAGAACUCGACAGUUGCAGGCGGACCUGGAGAGGGUCAUAAAGGAGAUGGGGGAGAUGAGGAGGCAGGUGGAGUCAUUUCGCCGGGAGAAUGCGGAGCUGCGCCGCAUGCAGCUCUCCUCGGGCUGGCAAUGGAGCAGCUGCAGCAGCACCCCCUAUCCCUCCCCCACACAGUCAGUCAUCACCCAGCCCCGCCGGCAGCUGAGCAGCCAAGUGGUCAGCCGCUUGUCCUCACUGGAGCCCCCCCGGUCCCACAGUACCCCAGGAUGGCAGGCUGGCGUAGCCUACAGAGAUUCAGGGACCCCUCUGGCCUCUAGCAUGGUGCCCUCCCUGGCCUUGGCAAGCGAGGGGCAGGGCUCUGCCCGGCGGCCGGCGAGGGACGGGCGCUCCCGGUGGGAUCCCAAUCCACGCCCAUGAAGGACAAACCGGGACCUCGGAAGGGAUCCGAGGCUCCUGCACCGGGGCUUCCCUGGAGCUGGCUGGGGACGGAAGUUAAAAAUGAAUUUAAAAAAAAAGAAUUAAAAAGAUGCCGAUUUCGGGGCUAUUUUGUGUCCG